CCAUAAAAAAUAGUCAUGGUCUCCCACCAACUGCUCUUAGAAAACAUCGGAUCAGAAGCAAAGAUAAGAUACAGAUUGUCCAUUCUCGUUAUCUUUUACGAAUCUUGGCCCGAAGAGUCAGACUGCGCCAUGGCAAGCCUCAGGGACCACGUCGAGCUGAAGGAGCAGCCCGGCUUCGUUGACAUUUCAUUGAAUGAGAGAGGAGGGCCCCCCACCCGCUCCCCCUCCCCCUCCCCUCUCUCCAUAACAUGGCGCAAAGGAACGAUAGUCGCGGCCGUGUGCGCUGUUGCCGUCGUUGCCACGGUUGCCACACUUGCUGUUUUCGCUCAGGCUGGCGGUGCAGCUGCAAAGACAGAGCAUCCACACCCGCACGUAUCUUCCGACCGACAGAUGAUUGGCGAUGCUGCAGGCCUUUUGCGAGGUUCCAAUGUCUUUAAACAGGUACAGCUGCUUUCGGGCUUAAUGGCUGCAACCAAAGAAAGCGAGGAUGGGCAGCAGGCAUCUCAGAAGACAGCAGCGGUCGAGCAGGAGAUUGCAGAGCCUGAGUUCAAGGAGGUUCAGGUAAAGCUUGAGAACGACGAAGCUUACGAAGGAGGGCCGCGUCCUUAUCCUCCGAGCCGCUUUCAAGCUUCAUUUGUUCCUCCUCCUGAUGACCCCAACUUCAAACAGGAGGUCGUCCAGUUGGAGAAUCCUACCGAGCACGACCAGCCCAGGACGGGAGACAAGGAGGAAGCAAAGGAGGUGGAGAAGAAAAGAGAACAAAGAGAUACUGCAACGAAAGUAGAGACUGGUGAGGGGGAAGUAAAAGAGGCGGAGGUAAAGGAGGAAGAGAAGAAUCACGAGAAAAAGGUGGAGAAGUCCGCGGAAAAGCCGGAGAAGGUCGCGGAAAAGAUGGAGAAUCCCGCGGAAAAGGUGGAGAAUCCCGCGAAAAAGCAGGAGAAGGUCGCGGAAAAGGUGGAGAAUCCUGCUAAAAAGGAGAAUCACGCGACAGAACUAGAGUCACCUCACAACAAAGAAUUCGUAGUGUGCGAGACGCCUGAGUGUGCAGUAGCAGCCUCGCAGAUCUCGGAGAGCCUCGACCUUUCAGCGAAUCCCUGCGAGAAUUUUUACCAAUUCGCGUGCGGGGGAUGGAUGGACAAACACCCGAUCCCCGAGUCAGGAGCCACCGGCACAUUCUACGAAGCAGGAGACGUCUUGACUAAACGCCUUCGCCUCAUUCUCGAGAGUCCCGUCUCACCGAGCGAGGCUGAACCUCUGCAUAUGGUUAACCGCUUCUAUGAGGCUUGCAUGGACACUGAUACCAUGGACAGCCUAGGCCUCCAACCCUUAGUCACAAGCCUCAGUAAGCAAGGGGGCUGGCCCAUGGUCACCGAUGGCUGGGACUCCACUGCCUUCAACCUGGCCUCUGCCCUCGUCCAUCUGCGGUCCAUCAACGUCUACCCUGUCUUUGGCGUGGGCGUUGAUGCGAACAUCUUCAACGUCUCCGGCAGGGUUAUUUACGUAGAUGCAGGCACGGUGCCCCUCGGGAUAUCACUCAUGAGCCAGGCCAACGAUGCCGUUCUGACCGCCUAUCGCACCUUCAUGACAGACGCGGCCAAGGAACUUCGUCGGGAGUUGGGCUCGAGUGUUACCGACGAAGAGAUAGCGACGCAGAUUCAGGAGGUUGUCGACUUCGAGAUCGCCUUUGCCAAGUUGGUGAUAGAGUCAGCUGGCGAAACAACAGACAACGGUUGGGAAACGAACGUAGCUGGAAUUCAGACUGACCUUGAUGACGGCGUCCCUGGACAGUUUAGCUUCUUAGCCUUCCUGAAGGAGAUGUUCACCAACACGGAGGUUAUGAUCAACGAGGACGAGCCUAUUAUCUCCUUCAAGAGUCCCUUCUUCGCGAACUUAACUACCAUGCUGGCUAACACGCCUCCGCACACUAUCGCCAACGCCAUCGGCUGGUGGUGGGUGUACGACGUUGGCCAAGAGACGACCUACGCCAUGAGGAACAUCACCUUCAACUUCCAGCAGGCGCUGACGGGCGCGACGGAGCCGACGCCGCGGUGGGAGCACUGCCUCCCCCAGGCCAAUUACAACCUGGGAUUCGCUCUCUCCAGGGCCUACAUCGAUAGGUUCUUCCCCGCGACGGCCAAGGAUGAGACCAGCGAGCUGGUGGAGGACCUUCGCGCGGCCUUCAACUCCCUCCUGGACGAGAACACGUGGAUGCUGGCGGAGGACCUGGCUUUCGCGAGGGAGAAGCUGGCGGCGAUCGACCCCUUCGUCGCGUAUCCGGACUGGAUCAUGGACGACGCCGAACUCACCAACGGAUACGAGGGUCUGGAAAUAUUAUCCGGAAAGGAGUAUGAUAAUUUAUUGGCGAUUGGCAACUGGUUCAACAGGCUUUCGCUCACGUCGCUGAGAGAAGUCCCCGAGCAUUCAUUCCUUUUUCCUCCAACGGUGGUCAACGCGUUUUACAACCCUCAGGAAAAUACAAUCACCAUACUCGCCGGGAUUCUACAGACGCCCUUCUACGCCCACAACACCCUCGCCGCCCUUAACUACGGAGGCAUCGGCAUGGUCAUCGGGCACGAGAUGACCCAUGGCUUCGAUAACACAGGACGUCUCUUCGACAAGCAAGGAAACCUGGUUCAGUGGUGGAGUGACGAGACCAUCGCAGCUUAUGAAGAACGUGCAAAGUGCUUCGUUGACCAAUACAAUGCCUUUAUUCCUCCUGAACUCAUCGAAGCCGGGUUGAACAUCUCGGUCAACGGCCUACAAACGGAGGGCGAAAACAUAGCAGACAACGGCGGGAUCAGAGAAGCAUAUAAAGCCUACCAGCUGUACGUUGAAGGUUACGGAGAAGAGCCACGCCUGCCUGGUCUCGAUGAAUUCACUCCCGACCAUCUCUUCUAUCUCGGCUUCGCUAAUGUCUGGUGCGAACACAAGAACGCCCAAGCCGUUUUGACACAGCUGGCAGUAGACCCUCACUCUCCAGGAAGGUUCAGGGUCUUAGGUCCUCUCUCUAACGACGCUGAAUUCUCCCGCGUGUGGAACUGCCCUGUCGGUUCACCAAUGAAUCGUGGCGAUGAUAGCUGUCUCCUGUGGUAGUGGCUGAAGGAGGGAAGGGGGAGAGGACGAGGGAGGAGGUGAAUGGUGAAAAUGGAUGAUUUACGUGGAACUCUAUCGGCGAAAAUAUUAUUAUUAUUAUCUUUAUUAUUAUUUUUUUUUUGUUUUACAUAAUUUGGUUUGAUAUUGUGAUGAAGCCUAUGUUAAAACAAUACUAUUUGGAUUCACACUGCCUUAUGUUAAAACUAUGUAUUCCAGUUUGAUGUAGAUUUAUCACGAUUUUUAUAAAAAAAAAUUUUGUUUGUUCAUUAUAUUUCUGGUAAUUUUCUCUAAAUGAUGUCUGAUGUCUGAUUAGUUUGGUAUUUUGCAAACUUGAAUAUUGAAACAAGUUACUUCAUAAAGUAAAUAAAAUUGACUGUUGAUAAAUAGUACUUAUACAGGAAAUUCCACGUGUAAGACGAACAAACAUAUGCAUUAUACAAUAACCAAUAAAUAAUACAUUUAUAACCAUUUCAGAGCUCAGUUUUAAUUACAUUAUAUUUUUAACGAAAGUGGAAAAAUAAAGAUAUGAGGGAAGGCAAAGGAAAAAAGAUGAGGAAGCCUAGAAAUUUAAGGAAAAAAGAAACAAAACAGGAGAUGCUGCAUGUUAGUUGGUUGCUGGUUAAUGUUUAAAACAAAUAAAUGUGCUUGACAUCAAAGGUUUAUAUAGCAUCAUGAUAAAUUAUUGUGGCGAAGAGGGUAAAUAUGAGUUAACGAUUCGGAUAAAUGGAAAGAAGAUGACAAGACAGAAGAGGAAAGGAGAAGAAGAGAAAGAAUUAAGAGGGGUGGGGGUGUUGGAAGAAAACCCGCCAUGCACUGGAAACUGCAAUUGUUGCUCCAUCUUUAUUAAAAGAACAAACGGUAUUAUGUAUAAUACUGUGGCAGAAUGCUUCGUCUUGUGUGUGUUCCUUGUACACGAAUAAAGUCUUUGCGAUUGA